AUGAUUGAUAAAGCGAUCAAACUCAAACGGAAAGUUGAUUUAUGUUCGGUUGAAAUUCUUGAUAAGUCAACUACCCAACAAGUUAAUAAUUAUGAUGAAAGUGAAGAUGUGUCAGAUACACUUCUCCAAAGGACCAUAAGUUCUACAAUACCAGAACAACAAUUUGACCUAGAGAAACUUCGUGAGGAGAUCUGCGAGGAGAUCCGUGAAGAGAUUCAUAAGAUUCGUUCUAAUUUAUACAAAAGAUAUAAAAAAGAAACUGGGCAUGAGCCAUCAGAAGCUGUGAUAAAUAUGUCAGCAAAACCUCAGAUCUCUGAUUUCAAGCCUAUCACUUUCGAAGCCAAAUCUGAUCCAGAAUUAAUUAUCAAAUCCGUGUUAGAGCAUUUUUCAUACUGAAAUAGUUUCAGAGGGAUUGACAAUUAUAAUUUUGCAUUUGCUCAGCCAUGGGACUCGCCAUGCCC